AUGGCCGUACCUCCGAUGAAGAAUGCGACCCCGUUCGCGACCGAGGCCUUCACACUUUUGGGGGUCGGUAUCUGCGUGGUUGCGCUGCGCACAUACUCCCGCAUUGGUCAGGUUGGCAUCCGCAAAUUCCAGCCUGACGAUUACCUCAUGCUUGUCGCCGCGUGUAUUUAUACAAUCGAGACAACAAUGGCCUACGAAGUGAGUGUUAAGUGGCACGGCAUCGCCAACAACGCCAUGACGGAGACACAAAGGGCGUGGCUGAUCAGCGCCGAGGAUGGAUGGGAGUACCAGUCCAGAGUGUCGGGCUCAAAGCUCCAGGUUGCUUUGUGGCUCAUUUACACACUGCUCCUCUGGAUCCUCAAAGCGGCGAUGUGUGUCUUCUACAUCCGCCUGACCGAUGGCCUGGACUACUCGCGGCGUAUCAACUUUGGUUUCAUCUUCAUCAUAUGCAGCUGGAUCACGGUGGUGUUUGUCAUCCUGCUGGGGUGCUUUCCGCUUCAUCAAAAUUGGCAGAUCUACCCCAAUCCCGGCAGGCACUGCCAGCCUGCCGAGUCGCGAGCCAAUUUAUUUGUCACGCUGACUCUCAACGUUCUCACGGACAUCUACCUCAUGACAAUUCCUAUACCGAUGGUUUGGACCGCGAGGCUCCGGCCAGCGCGGAAGGCAGGGUUAAUCCUGCUCUUUUCCGGAGGCUUGUUCGUCAUGGGAGCUGGAGUCAUGCGAUGUGUCGAGAUCAUUUACAACCCUGCCACAGACGCGCUCCAGACCUCCUCUUGGGGAUGCAGGGAGACGUUUAUCGCAAUCGUCACGACGAACAUGCCCAUGGUAGUCCCGCUGUUGCGGAAAUGGUUCGGGCCAUACCUGACGAAAUUGGGCAUCCUGACGUCUCGGAGGGCCGGGACCUAUCCCGAAUCACCCAGACGCCCCCCUACAGGUCUGCCAGACCUCGAGCUGGGCAAUCACACUUAUGUGGUCCACGGCCGAUGGGAUGGCCAGCCAAGCCCUCGAUUCCGAAGAAACACAGACGGAGAGUCGAUCCAGGAGCCGGCCCAGGACACAACCGACGACUCGAUCCAGGAGCAGUCGCCCCGCAUGGACACUCCGCUUGGUGGGAUUAGGAAGACCGUGACUUACAGGGUCGAGGAUGAGGAUAUGCUACACGGAAGUGCCAGGAGGGGAUCAGCGCUGGGAAAUAGCACGUUCAUCACUGCACAGCGAAGCUAUUUCCAAUUCGAUUGA